AUGCGCCCAAUUGUUGUCGCGGACAUUCAGUCCUCAAUUUCUCUCAAACGUCCAGUGCUCUUCCUCGACGCUAAUCAGCUUUCUUGCCGCUGGCUGUUCAUAGCAGCUUUUCGAGGGCACAUAACAAGCCUUGGUGGGAUCGCCUUCCCUGAAGAGAUAUGGCGCUACAUUCAGUCCGAGAUUGAGUUCUCAGAGCCAGAGUGGGUAGCUGUUCGUCCCGACCCUGGUGUGGUGGACGUGGCUGAAAGUCUCGUCGCCAUCCGCUGCACCGAGAUCGCCCUCUCCGAGAUCGUGGACAUCAUCAAGAAUGCAGAUGACGUCCACACGUACGAAAAACUGUUUGCCGACACUACGGACGAGUCGAUGCAGUCGGACUUUUUGUCAAUUGGUGAUAGGCCUCUUCGAACGUUCACCGUGACGUAUCAACUCCCCUUCGCCUCCGGUGGAGAACAAAUCGCGCCUCCAAACCUGACUCCGUGCCUCUUCACUGACAUUACCAUCCCGGACUACAUUUCGCGCAUACAGCGCGGAAAAUGCUGGGUCUGCGGUGGCGGACGCACCAUCUGCCCUGGUUGCACAGAAGUCCCAGAUAAAUUCGAUGCAUUCAUGGGCUGUGGAGUUGCUCUUGCCUGUCCGCUCUGUAUGGGGCUGGACUUCUGCUGGGAGGAUAAAACCUUCUGGCAGACUUACUACCGGAAGAAGCCACCGAAGGAAGAGAAAAUUUCACAUGAUAGGCGUGUCAAUCGCCGUCGUGCAGAGCUAGGAUAUCCGCCCUACUCGGAGGAAGUCACUGAGUCUGGGUAG